GCCUUUGCCCCCCGGUCCAGUAGGGGGCGGUAGUGCCUCACUUUGCAACACUUUAAUGUGGCUCAGUCUCAUGUCCGUGUUUACAAGCGAAGCGUGACGUUCAGGGACUCGCAAGAAUAGGUGUCCAAACGCACCUAAAAGCGAUUCGUUUCCUCCAAAAAUGUCCAAAAUGCUAUCACUGAAAGCUUUUUUCAACGAGAGACUGACGGCAGCAGCCGAGGAGAUAUUUGAAGCUGUGGAAAAGACAAUAGCCGAGUACAAAGAGGAGAUUUCUCGUUCAAAAGAUUUAGAAAUCAGUCGUCUCAGGAUGCAGCUGAAACUCCUCAAGUCAGACCCCCGGGCAGAUAGAUGUCUUGGAGCCCAGCUGCAGCAGCACAUCCAUCAUCACCACCAUCCUCCUCCUCCUCCUCCUCCUCCUCAUCAGCAGCGGCACCAUCAGUCAGCCCCUGCAGUGGAAGCUCCCGAGUCCCAGCACUGUGAGGAGGACGGGGGCAGCAGCAUGGAGCCGGAGCAUCCAGAGCCCUCGCAGGUCAAGAAGGAGCAGCAGAGGAGCCACAGGGAUUUCUGGAUGGGUCAGGACGCCGAGCAACUCGAAAGCCUUGAGUCCGACAUCAAAGACUUCAUCUCAUCUCCGUCCGGUCUUAAAACUGGUCUGCAGGACCUCACCUUGCCCUUCCAUCCCUACCACAACAACAACAACAACAGCAGCGAGGAGAGCAAAGAAAAACCCUACAGCUGCUCCGUGUGCGAAAAGCGCUUCAGUAACUGUUCCCACCUCGCGGCCCAUAUCAGGACGCACACGGGGGAGAGGCCAUACAGAUGCGAAAUAUGCAGAAAGACUUUUAUCACGACGAGCGCUCUGAACAGACACCAGACCAUCCACACCGAGGGGAAACACUUUGUGUGUAAUUAUUGUGGGAAAUCCUUUAAAUGGAUGGAGUCUCUUGGCAGACACAUGAGAAGUGUUCACAAGAGGGAAAAUAUGCCUGUAUGACACUCAAAACCCCUCCUAGCCAGUAAAUCAGAUAUGUUGUUAAUAUAUAUUGGCCGUCCAUGACUUAAUUGUAUAGCGCCCAAUAGGUGCAAACAAAGAACGCAGUGUCUGUUUUCUAUGUUUAGUUGUGAAUUAUGUCGAUACAUUUGCUUGGACCUCACGAAGCCUUGUGUACAUAAACACUAGUCGCAAUAAAUUAUGUGCAAAUAAAUUGUAUGGGUACACUCACUUUUAAAAAAAAGAUAUGGUAAAUUUAUUCUUCCAGAAUAAAGUAUUAAUACUCUAAA